CUAGAUUCCCUUGGUACCCGUGGUUGUAUCCAGUGAUCCACAGAAGGUAUUGGCUUGCCUGUUUAGAUGUUCAGAUGGCGGCAGCACUCUCCGUAAUUCGCCUCAAUAAUUUUCUUCUUCCUCUUGAGAUUUGUUAACAUUGCACAAUGCCACUUUUUGUGUUUAUGAAACCUUUCCCUACAACUCAGAGUGGCGUGCUUGGCUCUUACAUUCUCAAACGACACUCGUCCUCAAAACGAUGGCAGGCUCGUCAGCUAAACGAUCGUUUCACAAGGGAAGCAGCCGUGCAGGGCUUAAAGAGCCGCGCAGCUUUCAAGCUCCUUCAAAUAGAUGAGAAACAUCACAUCUUUGAGAGCGGACAAACCGUUGUUGACCUAGGUUAUGCUCCUGGCUCCUGGUCUCAGGUAGCAGUAGCUCGAACGCAACCCCAUGGUCGGGUCCUUGGUGUCGACAUUAUCCCAGCCCAGCCUCCCAAAGGUGUAUCAACGAUUCAGGGCAACUUUCUUGACCCACAUGUCCAGGCAUAUGUCCGAGAAUUUGUGCGCGAUACCAAUAGAGGCAGGCCACGCUCUCCAGGUCCAAUUUCCAACGCCGAUUGCUAUGCGCAGGAACUCGGAUCGGCUGUAAACGCAAGCUUUGAUAAGCAAGCAGAUUCCAAUCCACGGGAUCACAAGCACUCAAUGACGGUAGAUGUUGUUCUAAGCGAUAUGAUGAUGAAUACAAGUGGCAUCGGCUUCAAAGACCAUGCAGGUAGUAUGGACCUCUGCCAUGCAGCUUUGCAUUUUAGCCAAGAAGUCCUCCGGGUUGGGGGCCAUUUCGUCUGCAAGUUUUAUCAAGGAGCCGAAGAUAAGGCCCUGGAGAAACAGCUCAGGGAGCUAUUCCAGAGGGUCUAUAGGCUUAAACCAGAAUCUUCGCGAAAUGAGUCCAAAGAAUCCUUUUUCAUUGGCCUUAAUCGGAGGUAGCAGAAUGGAAAACCAAAUUCCUGACUACUGAGAGUCUUAGAAUGGUGGGAUCGUUGACCUUCGGGCACAACAAUUGCCAAAAUCUGUAGCGUCAACCGUCUUUCUUAACAUCAGACCGAGCUUGAUUCUAUCUCCUCUCCUGAAUCGCUGUCCUCAUCCCAUUCGACGUCCGCAAGCGAUGCC